ACUGCCAGACCGCCAGCCUUAGCACUGCGCUGUUCUGCUCACUCCUCUCCAGGCGGGGCCAGAGCGGCACGGACAUGGCUGGCCAGGCUCUUAGCCUGCUAGUUCUCCUCCUUGUUUUUCAGAGCAGCUGCUUGGGUUACAGAAGCCCACUUUCUGUCUUUAAGAGGUUUAAAGAAACUACCAGAUCGUUUUCCAAUGAAUGUCUUGGUACCUCUAGACCAGUAAUUCCAAUUGAUUCAUCAGAUUUCACAUUGGAUGUUCGCAUGCCUGGGGUUACACCUGAACAGUCUGAUUCGUACUUCUGCAUGUCAUUACGUUUGCCCACAGAUGAGGAAGCCUUCGUGAUUGACUUCAAACCACGUGCCAGCAUGGAUACUGUCCAUCAUAUGUUACUCUUUGGAUGCAAUAUGCCUGUAUCCACUGGAGGUUACUGGUUUUGUGAUGAAGGAACCUGUACAGAUAAAGCCAAUAUUCUAUAUGCCUGGGCAAGAAAUGCGCCCCCAACCAGACUCCCUAAAGGUGUUGGAUUCAGAGUUGGAGGAGAUACUGGAAGCAAAUACUUUGUCCUACAGGUUCACUAUGGGGAUAUUAGUGCUUUUAGAGAUAAUCACAAGGACUGUUCUGGUGUGUCCUUACAUCUUACACGUCUGCCACAACCUUUAAUUGCUGGCAUGUACCUUAUGAUGUCUGUUGAUACUGUUAUACCACCCGGAGAGAAAGUGGUGAAUUCUGACAUUUCAUGCCAUUAUAAAAACUAUCCAAUGCAUAUCUUUGCCUACAGAGUUCAUACUCACCAUUUAGGUAAGGUCGUGAGUGGAUACAGAUUAAGAAAUGGACAGUGGUCAUUAAUUGGACGUCAGAGCCCCCAGUUGCCACAGGCUUUUUACCCUGUGGAACACCCAGUAGAUGUUAGUUUUGGUGACAUAUUGGCAGCAAGAUGUGUAUUCACUGGAGAAGGAAGGACUGAAGCCACUCACAUUGGUGGCACAUCUAGUUAUGAAAUGUGCAACUUAUACAUUAUGUAUUACAUGGAAGCUAAGCAUGCCGUUUCAUUCAUGACUUGUACACAGAAUGUAGUCCCCGACAUGUUCAGAACUAUACCACCAGAGGCCAAUAUUCCAAUUCCUGUGAAGUCUGAUAUGGUUAUGAUGCAUGGCCAUCACAAAGAAACAGAAAACAAAAAUAAGCAUUCUUUACUACAGCAACCAAAAUGGGAAGAGGAGGACGUGUUAGACCAGGGUGAUUUCUAUUCACUACUUUCCAAGCUGCUAGGAGAAAGGGAAGAUGUUGUUCAUGUUCAUAAAUAUAAUCCUACAGAAAAGAUAGAAUCAGAGUCAGAACUGGUAGCAGAGAUUGCAAAUGUAGUCCAAAAGAAGGAUCUUGGUAGGUCUGGUGCCAGAGAGGGUACAGAGCAUGAGGAGAGGGGCAAUGCUAUUCUUGUCAGAGACAGAAUCCACAAAUUCCACAGACUAGAAUCUACUUUGAGUCCAGCAGAGAGCAGAGUUUGCUCAGUACAGCAACCUCUACCUGGUGAAGGCACCUGGGAACCAGAACACACAGGAGAUUUCCAUGUAGAAGAGGCACUGGAUUGGCCUGGAGUAUACUUGCUACCAGGUCAGGUUUCUGGGGUGGCUCUGGACCCUAAGAACAACUUGGUGAUUUUCCACAGAGGUGACCAUGUCUGGGAUGGAAACUCUUUUGACAGCAAGUUUGUUUACCAGCAAAGAGGACUUGGACCAAUUGAAGAAGAUACUAUUCUUGUCAUAGAUCCAAAUAAUGCUGCAGUCCUCCAAUCAAGUGGCAAAAAUCAGUUUUAUUUACCACAUGGCUUGAGUAUAGAUAAAGAUGGAAAUUAUUGGGUUACAGACGUAGCUCUUCAUCAGGUAUUCAAACUAGAUCCAAACAGUAAAGAAGGUCCUCUGUUAAUCCUGGGGAGAAGCAUGCAACCCGGUAGUGACCAGAAUCACUUCUGUCAACCUACUGAUGUUGCUGUGGAUCCAGAAACAGGAACCAUCUAUGUAUCAGAUGGUUACUGCAACAAUCGGAUUGUGCAGUUUUCACCGACUGGAAAGUUCAUCACACAAUGGGGAGAAGAGUCUUCAGGGAGCAAUCCUAAUCCAGGCCAGUUCAAUGUUCCUCACAGCUUGGCACUUGUACCUCAUUUGGACCAGUUAUGUGUGGCAGACAGGGAAAAUGGUCGCAUCCAGUGUUUCAAAACUGACACCAAAGAAUUUGUCAGAGAAAUCAAGCAUGCUUCAUUUGGAAGAAAUGUAUUUGCAAUUUCAUACAUACCAGGUUUACUCUUUGCGGUGAAUGGGAAACCUAAUUUGGGGGACCAAGAGCCUGUACAAGAAUUUGUGAUGAACUUCUCCAGUGGGGAAAUUAUAGACACCUUCAAGCCAGUACGCAAGCACUUUGAUAUGCCUCAUGACAUUGUUGCAUCUGAAGAUGGGACAGUAUACAUUGGCGAUGCUCACACCAACACCGUGUGGAAGUUCACCUCUACUGAAAAAAUGGAACAUCGAUCAGUCAAAAAGGCUGGCCUCGAGGUCCAGGAAAUCAAAGAUUCUGAACACAAAUUCGAGACAAGCUCAGGAAGAGUACUGGGAAGACUUAGAGGGAAAGGAACUGGAGGCUUAAACCUUGGAAACUUCUUUGCAAGUCGUCAGGGCUACAGUCGGAAAGGGUUUGACCGCCUUAGCACCGAGGGAAGUGACCAAGAGAAGGAUGAGGAUGAAGGAAGUGAAUCAGAAGAGGAGUAUUCUGCACCUCUGCCUGCGUUGGCACCUUCCUCCUCCUGA